AUGAACGGCAAGGUCGGCGUGGUCGUCUCCGCAAACCCUUCGACGGGCCGCUUCGGCGUGCGCGUGGCGGGCGAGGCCAAGGCCCUCGCACUGAGGCGCGCACUGCAAUGGCCGGCCAACCUGCAGCCAGCGGCCGAGGCGGUGGAGGUGGGCAGGCUCAUCCUCAAGGCGGCGGAGUGGUCGCCGCAGUCCCACGAGCUCUUCCCGGAGGCGGCUCGCAAGCGGGCGGUCGAGGUGAUGCAGCUGGGCUACCUGAUCGCGUGGGACGAGGAGCGCUUCGACAGCCGCGAGGGAGCGGCUCCAGAGCUGGCGGACAUCUGGCGCGGCUUUGUGCUGCCAAGGGUGGUGGUGCGAUGA